AUGUCUUCUGAUUCUAAUAAUCGCAAGAAUCCUGCGCAGUGGAAGCUAGAAGAGGUUGUUUCAAUUGUAAUAGUCUUUGUUAUCUUUUUUACACUGAGUGAUUGCUUCGGCACAUUGAAGCGUCUAUUAUGUGGAAUUUACCGAGGAAGAAACCAGGUUCAAAGGAGACUUCUAGAUGAGACCGUUCCCGAUGAUGAUCCUUCCAUGCAGGUUCAAAGCCGAGGAUUGGAGUUGUGUGUGGUGCAGUCUCUUCCAACGAUUGAGUUCAAGAAAAACGAGGGAGAACAAGACAAGGGGAGUAACAUGGAAUGUGCUAUUUGUCUCGCAGAGUUUGAGGAAGGGGAGUGGCUGAAACAUCUUCCACAAUGCAGCCACAGCUUCCAUGUUUCAUGCGUUGACACGUGGUUUCAGUCUCAUUCAAAUUGUCCUCUUUGUAGAGCAUUUGUGCAUCAUCACAUGCUACAGUGUUCCGUACCUGCUUCUCACACAUUGCUACAGCCUUUGAGGAGGGAAGACUUUGAAAGGGUUCAAUUCAUUUCCCCUGGAAAUCUACCUAUUACACAACAUCAACGGUUUCUUCCCGUUUAA